AUGGAUAUAGGUGAUGCCCUUCUUGUCAGUGAGCUUGUUGAGCAUUUCUUUAAGGUCAACCAUCCAUACUUCUACCUCACGUACCAGAAGGGAGCUAUGGAUUCUGGGGGUUUCUCAAACUUGAUGUCAAUAGAUUUUGAGACACAGGGAGUUCUUGACGCUGCAAACACUGAAGCAGAACGUACCAGAUAUGAUGGAUCUCAGCCAUCUCAAUCUCGUAGAAGGAGAAUCAUUGAUGUUGAAGAUGAAUCAGAUGAUGAUGCCAUGGAAGAUGAUUAUGAACCGGUAAAAGAGAGGGUUUCUGCCAAUGCUGAUGGCUAUCUAAAUAAGAGAAAGAAACAGCAGGUUCAGGCUGAGGGUGAUAAUGACAAAGGGAUGUCAUCUAAGGCGCAACAGAGAAAGAUGCAUAAGGGAAAGGGUGAUCAUGGUGGCAAAGGGAAGCCGCAAAAGAAGAAACAAAAGACUGCUGAUUCUGAAGACGAGUCAGGUGAUCAUGAUAACGGAAAGUCACCGGCUCAGAAACAGAGGAGACAAUACUCACCUGUGUGGCAAGAUUUUGUAGUGGUUACUAAGAAAGAUGGCUCUGAAAAAGCACAAUGCAAGCACUGCAAAAUUGAAUACGCACAUGACUCUCACAACAAUGGGACUAAUGUUAUGAGACGACAUCUACUGAAGUGUAAUCUUAAGGCUACGACUGGUGAUGUUCGUCAGAUGGUGCUCAAUGCAGAAGCGAAACUGCAAGCAAAAAAGUAUGAUCACACUGUUUUUCGUCAGAUGGUAGCAAAGUGUAUCAUUCUGCAUGAUUUACCAUUUUCAUACGUUGAAUAUGAGAGGGUCAGAUCUGUUUGGACAUACUUGAAUGCAGAUGUAAAGUUUAUCAGUCGCAACACAGCUGCAAAAGAUGUUUACAAGUUCUAUCAGAGUGAGACAGAUAUUCUGAAAAAAGAAUUGGCUACUCUUCCUGGAAGGAUUAGCUUUACUUCUGAUCUGUGGACGGCAAUCACACAUGAAGGUUAUAUGUGUUUGACAGCACACUACGUAGACAGAGACUGGAAAUUGAAGAACAAGAUUCUUUCGUUUUGUGCUCUACCGCCUCCACAUACAGGUUUUCAGCUAGCUAUGAAGAUUCUUAAUGAACUGGAAGAAUGGGGUAUUGAUAAAAAAGUGUUUUCAGUCACACUUGACAAUGCUACAAACAAUGAUUCUAUGCAAGAUAUCUUGAAAUCUCAGCUUGUGCUGCAAAAUGAUUUGGUCUGUGAUGGAGAAUUCUUUCAUGUUAGAUGUUCUGCGCAUAUCCUCAACCUUAUUGUUCAAGAUGGACUCAAAGUAAUCGGCAAUUCCUUGCAUAAGAUCAGAGAGAGUAUCAAGUUUGUCAAAGCAUCUGAAUCUCGUGAGCUGCUCUUUGCUAAAUGUGUUGAAUCUGUACGUAAUAAAGAGAAGGCUGGGUUGCUUUUGGAUGUUACCACAAGAUGGAAUUCAACAUAUAAAAUGAUUGAUAUGGCCCUGAAGUAUCAAGCAGCGUUUGGUCAUCUCAAACUUAUUGAGAGGAGUUACAAGUUUCACCCAAGCGAGGAUGAGUGGAGAAGAUUGAAGGAGAUGUGUGAUUUCCUGAAGCCCUUUGAUGAGAUUACUCGCCUCAUGUCAGGAUCGACAUAUCCUACUUCCAACUUGUAUUUCAUGCAAGUGUGGAGAAUUCAAAACUGGCUGACACAGAAUGAAACAAGUAGAGAUGAUGUUGUCCGAAGAAUGGUUAUACCGAUGAAGGAGAAGUUUCAAAAAUAUUGGGAAGAAGUCAGCGACAUCUUUGCUAUGGCUACAGUUUUAGAUCCACGUCUGAAACUAAAACUUGCAGAGUUUUGUUUUGGUAAAGUUGACAAGAACUCUCUGGAAAGAAAGAUGAAACAUUUGCGUGAAAAACUGCAGACCUUGCUUAGCGCCUAUGAGAAGAAGGAAACAUCAAAUUCUCCUUCUGCAGAAACACAUGAAGCUGGUCCAGACCAAGUUGCAGGGGAUGAAGAAAGUGGAAAUUUCAGCAAUUAUGAUGACUUCUUUUCAUUCUGCAAAGCAAAUGUUGUUGUUAGUGGAAAAUCACCACUGGAGAUAUACCUCGAAGAACCACCUAUAGACGGAAAGGUGUUUGCGAGUUUGGAUAUCCUGGACUAUUGGAAAGAUAACUCGAAACGUUUUGGUGCAUUGGCUUUAGUGGCGCGUGACCUUCUUAGCAUACCUAUCACAACCGUACCUUCUGAAUCGUCUUUCAGCAUUGGGUCCCGAGUUUUGAACAAAUACAGAAGUCGUCUGCUACCAAAACAUGUUCAAGCACUGAUAUGUAGUCGAAAUUGGUUAAAGGGAUUUGAAGCUUACGAAAAUGAGGAAGAUGAAGAAUAUGUUGAUGAUGAGACAUUACCAUCCUUUGAAUCCAUUAUCGAUGAAGAAGAUGACGCUUGA